CAUGGAAUAGAACAGUCACCAGGGUCCUCGGUGAUGGAAGCUAUCCAACCAUGUCUAACAGCAGUUGUCAGAAAAGAAUUGCUGAAACAUCAGGAUCAAGAUGUUAAAGUUCUCUUGGCAACCUGCUUCUGUGAAAUUACAAGAAUAACUGCACCUGAAGCUCCAUAUAGUGAUGAUGUUUUAAGGACCAUAUUUCGUCUGAUUGUUGGUACAUUUGGUGGACUCGCUGAUGUUAAUAGCCAUUACUUUAGCAGGAGAGUUGCUAUCUUGGAAACAGUUGCAAGAUACCGGGCAUAUGUUGUGAUGUUGGACCUUGAAUGCAAUGAUCUCAUCACAGACAUGUUCCGAACUUUUUUAGAAAUCGUCAGGUAAUUCUGCCAUGCCAUCUA